AUUCCUUGUCAUAGUGCGUGAAAACCUGUUUUACAACACGCACUUAGGGGUAGGUAUAGUGCUCUAGCCAUGUCCGUUACCGUCCCCCGCAGCUUUAGGCUGCUAGAGGAACUGGACCGUGGCGAGAAGGGCUUUGGCGAUGGGACUGUCUCAUAUGGGAUGGAAGACCCUGAAGAUAUUCACAUGAGGAACUGGACGGGGACGAUUAUUGGCCCGCCCAACACUGUUCACGAUGGACGCAUUUACUCGCUCAAGAUCCACUGCGAUUUGAACUACCCGGAGCAGCCUCCUAGGAUUUGGUUCAAGUCGCGCAUUAACCUGUCCUGCGUCGAUCAGCGGGAUGGCCGCGUCGACCCCAGCAAGUUCCUCAUUUUGGGCAACUGGAAGCGCGAGUAUACGCUGGAGCAGCUGCUAACGGAGAUUCGGCGGGAUAUGUCCUCGCCAACCAACCGCAAGCUGCCGCAGCCGCCCGAGGGAACGACUUACAUUUAAGGAGCGCACAUGAAGCAUACGGUGUCCAUCUUGUGUUGGAACAUUGGAUGUGGUCUACAGAUGGUUCAGGGCGUGGUAAGGGAGCUUCGGGUGCAACUAGGGCGCCUAGGGACUACGUGCAAAUGGGCGCGUGUUGAAGUCCCGGGAUGACGACUACCGUAACGCAUUCGCCCAUCCAUGUGCAUAGCGAGACACAAUAUGGUUGAGUGACUGAGCGUUAUUGAACGCGCUUGCGUGGGUUGCUGGCCUGGCUAUGCGGGCUAGGGGUGAAGGGACAAACCCGGCAGCGGUUUCGCACCUUGAACGACGCUGACUGGAGAUGUAUUGGACUUCAAGAUGUGGUGUGAAGCUGGUGCUGUGGAGAGAUGAGCGCGCAUGUGUAAAUAUAGCGUAGCAUCCGUCCCUGGAUCAAUCGUUAGCACUGCACGGGGGUUUCCCCGUGCGUUUGUCGCAAAUUUGUGGCUGUCCGUGUAUCUCCCCUUGCAUCACCUAUCUUGCCGACAGGGUUACACAGUAGUUUAGACGCUUACGAUCAUACUGAGGAGCACACGUAGUUACAUAGACAGCCAAGCUAAAUGUCGGCAUGCCAGGUGCAAGUGAUGCUCACGGACCCCACUUUUGGGCCUUUGAAUGCUGAGCAGUUUUUUAAUCUCCAUUAAGAUC